UUACAGCUGCAGACUAACCCGGGAACCCCCCCUAGGAAAUGACAAAGUGAGCUGGCCCAGUAAAGGAAACACCCAGCUGGUGCUGAUGAGUAACAAGGGAAAGAAACUUAUCCUGUUACAGUGGCCGCAGGAAGCCAUGGCUGCAGCGAACCCCUUGAAACUCCUCCAAGAUGAAGCGACUUGCUCCAUCUGUCUGGAGUAUUUUAAAGACCCAGUGAUUAUAGACUGCGGGCACAAUUUCUGCCGAGCCUGCAUCAGCCGGUGCUGGGAGGGAUCUGAUAGGGACAUCUCCUGCCCCCAGUGCAGAGAGACCUUUCCCCAGAAGACCCUAAGGCCCAACAGGCAGCUGGCCAGCGUCCUAUCCAUAGCCAAGCAGCUGAAUUUCCAGGCAUCAGGAAGAGAAAAUUUGUGCCAGGUGCACCAGGAGCCUUUUAAACUCUUCUGUAACCAGGACCAAACGCUCAUCUGCGUCAUCUGCAGGGAGUCCCAGACUCACCGCGCUCACACUGUGGUUCCGAUAGAGGAGGCUGCCCAGGCGUACAAGGAAAAAAUUCAAGCCCAACUGGACAAACUGAAGAUACAGCAAGAAGAGCUUCUGAAGUGGAAACGGGAUGGGGAGAAGCAAAGCCAGGAAUAUCUGGGAAAAAUAGAAACGGAGAGGCAGAAGAUUGUAUCCGAAUUUGAGCAACUUCGACUGUUUCUGGAGGAGCAAGAGCAACUCCUGCUGGCCCAGCUGGCGGCCCUGGAAAAAGAGGCUGUGAAGAUGCAGGAAGAACAUGUCAUCAAACUGUCUGAGGAGAUUUCCCGUGCCAGCAACUUGAUCAGUGAGCUGGAAAAGAAGUGUCAGCAGCAGCCAACAAGUGAAUUCUUGCAGGACAUCAAAAGCACCUGCAGCAGGUGUGAGACGACGUUCCAGAAGCCAUUGGCCGUGCCAGAGGACCUGAGAGACCGACUCGGCGUCUCUUCCCAAAGAAACGUUUGUUUACAGGAGUCUCUGAAGAAAUUCCAAGAGACCCUGCCCUACCAGCUGAGCUAUCUGAUAUCCAAGGCAGAGAAAGAAGUGCAGGCCACUGUGGAGCCAGACCUGAGAAAUCCCUUUUACCUCGUGUCCACAGAUCAGAGUGUGAUACAGGAAUACCAACACCCGGCAUUUCUGGAGAAACGGAAGAGGUUUUACCCUGCUCCCUGCGUGCUGGGCUCCAAGGGCUUCACCUCAGGGACCUAUUACUGGGAAGUGGAGGUGAAGACCAACGAUCGAUGUGUGUUGGGCAUUGCCACACAGACUGCGGUAGAUCAGGGCGUGAUAAGCCCUACGCCAGAGGAGGGGAUCUGGGCUUUGGAGCGUACACCGAAUGAAUGCUGCGCCCUCACCUCCCCUAAGACUCGUCUGGACCUACCUUCUGGCUCCCGUAAGAUAGGGGUUUAUCUGGAUUACGAAGGGGGGAAAGUUACAUUUUAUCAAGUUUUACAUUAUGGCGGAGAGCCAGUCUUUACUUUCACAGCCUCUUUCACUGGGAAAAUCAUCCCCUUCAUCAGGAGCCGGAGUGUAGAAUGUCAGAGCUCAGAUAGGCAGAAGCAGAACUUCAGGAUCGGACAACAGGGAAUAAAUGUAUAUGGCUAUGGCGUGCACGGAGGUUUCUAAAGCAGAGCCAGGAGAUGGGAAACGUAUACAUUUUAAUGACCACACAUUGGCAUUACAGUCUUGCCAGCCCCGAGCUUUCAGAAACAAUGGCUCAGGUGCCCCAUAAUCGCGAGACUGACUUAAGCAUCUUUUAUAAGAGGGAGCUAUUUUCCUUUGCCUCCUGGUUUCUUAGAUUUCAGGGGCUCUUCUCUCUAGUUUUCAAGCUUUUCCGACUGGGGCUAUCAAUUAAUUGACAGUAAGGCAUGAGAUUAACUCAAAACAAAUUAACACAGUGUGAUUUUAAGGGAGGGUUAAUGACACACCUCAGGAGACAGGGCUGGGUGGUGGCCAGGCCGACAGGGAGGCUCCAGGUGGGUGAGGGGAGAUACCCAUCCGGUGCUCCAUCCUCAGGACAGCUUCACCAAAUGUCACAGGGUUCCCCUGUUCCUUCCACCUUGCUCCGUUGCUGCUCCCACCUCCCCACAGAGCUACCCUAGGCCAAGCUGUUCCCGACCCAGUGGCUGCCUCCUGUAUGCUGCAUAAAGCGUGUGUGUAUGGGGGGGGAGGUGUUGGUGGAGGGGAAGGACUGAUGUUAGGGAGUCCCCCUUCCUCGCUCAUCUACCCAGUCACCAGUGAGUUGGGGUUGGGGAAUGUGUGUGUGGGGGGGACUGCUUGCUUAAAGAGACAGUAUACGUACACACACACACACACACACACACACACACACACACACACACACACACAGAGUCUCUCUGGUGGGGGGGACUGUUUGUGUAAAGAGACAGUAUACAUACACACAGUCUCUCUCUCUCUCACACACACACACACACACACACACAGUCUCUCUCUCUCACACACACACACACGCACAGAGUCUCUUUCUCCUUUUGUUGUUGUUACUUUUUGGUACUUUCUGUCAACAUGCUUAAGACCCAUCUAUUCUCUGCAAUUUUGUCCUUUGUUAUUUGAGUGUUUUGACUGGCCUGUGCACUCCAUUUCUCUCAUGCUUCAAUUUAAUUCAUUGAGUAGUGAGUUCUAAAAUGCUGAACCCGUCUUGUCUGCAGUAAUUACCCUUGUAUUACUAUAUUGUGCUUUGUCAUUCCCCACUUAAAAUGGUGCACCAAAUAACAGCAUCCUUCUAGAAUGUAACUUUAGCUUGUACUAACCUUAGCAGUGUCGGUUUAAAAAGAGAUAGAUGAACACAUAGCUUUAGACACUGGGCAGGUGAAGGUCGCUUAUUUUCAAAUGGUGUUUUGAAUUAGAUCUGUAAAAUAACUUAAAAUUCUUACAAAAAUAAAAGGUGGCGCCAAGUCUAAUACUAAUAAUGAUGAUGCAGUCAAAUUUCAGUGAGUUAAAUACCCGUUGCAAUCAUGCAAACAUAAAUGCCAAAAAUAAUUGGAAAAAUAAAUUCCUAUUCUUAAUAAAAAAAAACCAAACCCUUAAUCAUGAAUCAUGAGUUUUUUAGUGGAGUGAGAAACAAUUGAUUAAAAUAAUGCAGACAAUGCAAGUAACACAGUGUAUCUGUUAGAGAAAGUAAGCUGAUUUUAAGCAGAUUUUUGUUAGUAUUUAUCUCUACUAAAGAUAGUGUACGAAGAAUCAAACCCUGGGUUUCUGAUAUGCGUGAACACUCCAGAAGGGAUAAAUCAAGGCUUGGGAUUGGGAAUAUCUAGCUGGAUUUGUAAUACAGGAGAUUUCUGGGGGUUCUGCUAAGAGAGUCAAAUCAGGGUGAAUUGCUCAGAGACAAGGUUACUUACAGUCUAAGACUGAGGGUUCUCUUUAAGGUACCAAGCCAGCCACACCGAGCACUUCUGUUCACCACACUGACUAGCAAGUAGUCACACAAGCAAUCCCCUUGGACAGUCCAGUUUUCUUGUGCCACACCAGCCCCGCUCCUUACGGAGAUGAGAGGUGAUGAAAACCAAUCUCACCGUCUCCAAACAGCUUCUUCCAGACCCAGUCCCAGAUCAUACCCAAUUUAUACCUCGGAUCAUCCCCAAAAGAGCCUCUGGGCCAGUCCUUUAGGCUCUAACAUCUAAAGGUUUGUUAAUAAAAGGAAAGGCUGAGAGAAAAUUGCUAAAGGAAUCACACCCACAUCCCAGUGGCAAAGUGCUUGGUGCUGGCUUGUAGCAGAGAUGGAAUAAUCGGCUGUCUCGGUCAGGGAUGCGAAGGGUUAACUGGCAGGGGUUGGAGCAGCCCCCCAUCAACCCAACGUGGACUGGCCGGGCACGCCGCGGGCAGGGGCGCUCCAGCUUGGCGGCGGGCCGGAGAGCUUCCAGGUGCCUAAUCCGCCCCUGAAAUCAUGGUUAACGUUGCCCCCCAUCUCUCAACACCUGAACCGGUGUCCUUGGUGAGCCAGGAGUGGCCAGGGAGCUGCGGAAUGGCCAUGACAGCAAGGAGCCUGCAGUAGCACAGAGCUAAGGUGGCAAUACACCAUAGACCCGGCCACCCUUCCUUCCGUGCUGCUGCUGGCGGCGGUGUUGCCUUCAGAGCUGGGUGCCUGGCUAGCAGCCACUGCUCGCCGGCUGCCCAGCCACAGUUAAUUUGUGCUUGGCUGAGCUUAGGCUCCUUUUUCACUACACAUCCUGCAUUUAGAGGAGGCAGCAGGAUCUAGAGAUGGGGGGAUCUCAGGAAUCCCACGGUGGCCAGAGGCACCAAAACAUGCAUUUGCCUGGGGCACCAUUUUCCCUAGGGCCACCCCUGUCCCUAAGGCAGCACACAGCACACUGCCACCACGUGCAGAAUGUUCUGCUCUGAGAAGUCCAGGCGGGUGAGGAGGCAUCUAAAACGGGCCUUCUGCUGGCCGAAGGCACCCUCCACUAUGAUGUGGGCCCUGUUCAGCCUGGCAUUAAAUGCCUUUCGGGAAGGGUUGAGGUCUUCCAAGCUCUCUACACCCAAGGGCUAAUGGCUCCUGGGGGUAGGCGGUCCUGGGGAUAGGAGUCUCUGGGAUCUUAGGGGUCCUGAACAUCUUUAAAAAUCUGGCCCCAAGCAUGGGAGAUAGAAGCCCCAAUUUACCUUGGAGUACUAACAAUCUUAGAACACUGUUCUCAUUCAUCUAUCCCAGUGUCCUGUCUGCCCACAGUGGCCAAGGCCAGGUGCCCCAGAGGGAGUGAACACAACAGGUAAUCCUCACGUGAUCCCUCCCUGUCACCCAUUCCCAGCUUCUGACAAACUUCUGGGCUCCCUACCUGGAACCCCCCCUCCCCUCUGCCCUACCACAGGCAUCAGAUGCUGUAAUCCUGAGGGUGCCAGUCCCUCUCCACACCCCCACCUGUUGUGUGUUCUGUAGGAGCUGCAGACUGCCUGGCAGGCAUCGGCGUAACUUUCAUUCCAUUGACUCCUCGGCCAAUUUAAUUGUCUCAGCCCGUGUGCAAUUUCACCCCUCACAGUGGGCAGGAGGGGAGAUUUAUUCUCUCCAGACACAAUUCACUUAGUAAACUCUGAGUGAAGCCAGAAAUCACUGAUUUAUGCCCCCCUCGGAUUGAAAUAAAAUGAGGAUGGAUUCUCUCAUUUAGCACAAUUUUCUGUUCUGCAUUCACAGAGAUUCUCUUUUAAUUGGACAUUUAUAAAGCUAUUUUAUCCUGGUUAUUGUACCCAAAAUGAUUUAUGGCUGCCAAAGCCCCAGCAAGCCCUAUUAAGACUGAAUAACGAAUAUCAUCUCUCAGAAAACUACCCAUCAAAAUUCUCUUCUGCAGCCGAUUGCGGGGAGAGGGGGGGGAGCUAUUUUGGAGAUGCUUAAAAUAUAAACACACUUGGGAGCCGAAGUACUUUAGACAAGGGUCUGUACAGGAAGGCAGAGACCUUGGUGCUGGGAAAGAGAACGGAAAAAGCCUAUCAGCCAUGUUGUCCUGGUCAAGGAAGAUGGAAUCCACUAGAGCAAGGCCUACACACCCCUCCAGCCUGUUGCUUGCCUUAGGCCAGGCAUGUCCAAAGUCCGGCGUGCGGGCCAAUUGCGGCCCGUGUUCCGGUUUAAUACGGCCCCACAGGUAAUUUGGCAAUAUCUAUCUUUUAUGG